AUGGACCAGAUGACGGGCGAAGCGCUCGACGUCCGAGGCAGCUGGAACAUCGUAUGGGAUCUCCAGAGCACGCAUAGCACGAAGAUGGCACGGCUGCACUACGCCGUACACGUUGGCAUGCCCAACGGAUUAACGCCGGAGAUGAUGGAAAACUACCGCGGAAUCAGCCGUCUCUGGCACCAAUUCUUGAUGGAAGGGGAUGAAUUCCGAGCAGGGUGGAAACGCAAGGCACCAGGAGAUGAAAGCAUGACGGCACGGAAGAAGAAUAAGAAGGAGGACCAGCCAAGUAAGGAGGAGAAUGAGCGACACAUGAUGGACGGGCUGCGGAUGCUGAUGGGACCGGCGUCAACAUGGCGGCCAGGCAAGCAGCGGGAGUGCAUGGAGAAGAUUCUGGCGCUCCAGGGAGAGGAGUCGGCGAUAUGCGUGCUGCCGACGGGCGCAGGCAAGAGCUUACUGUUCAUGGUCCCGGCGAUCAUGCGCGGGGGCGGCACCAACGUGGUGGUACCGUUCGCGGCGUUGAUGACGGAGAUGGUGGAUAAGGCUAGGCGGAUGGGAGUGGAUGUGGUCGAGUUCCGGCCGUCCGUCAACUCGGAGCGUGAAAGCUUGCCAAGGGCGGCGCGUAUGGUGGUUGUCGGCGCGGACACGGUGUCGGUGCCAAGCUUGCUCGGGUAUCUGGACGGACUGGACGAGGCCGGGCUGCUCCAGCGCAUAUUCAUCGACGAGGCGCACACGGCGAUCACGGAUGCAUCGUACCGAGUGAAGCUCACGCAGCUCAAAGGGCUGGCGCGGUACCAGAAGCCGAUGGUGCUGCUAACGGCAACACUGCCGGUCACAUUCGAGCGGUGGUUCCGAGAGGAGCUGCUGGCGGCUUCUGCCGAGACGAUUCGAGAACGGACGACCAAGGCCAACUGCCGAUAUGAGGUGGAACAGGUCAAGGCAGGCCGCAGAGGUGUGUCUGUGGACAUACGGGUGGUGGAGCUAGUGCGGCAACUGGACUCGACGAUGGUAAGCGGACAGAAAGGCGUAGUAUACUGCCGGACGAAGACGCAAUGCGAGGCGUUAGCCAAGGAGAUCGGGUGCUCAGCCCACCACAGCGGAAUGGACAAGGCAGCGCAGGACGAGACGCGGGAGUUGUGGGCGUCAGGAGGCGGGCACCGUUGGAUCGUGGCGACGACGGGGCUCGGAACGGGCAUCGACAUCGGAGGCAUCGUGGCGGUUCUACACGCAGGGUUCCCGUACGGUCUGGUAGACUUCGUGCAGCAGACAGGGCGAGGAGCACGGCGGGACGGUGAAGAGGUGCGGUCAGUCAUUGUGCACGACGGCUCGACACCGUACGAGAGGGUCGGCACGGACAAGAUAGAGCGCAUCAACCGACACCAGAUGGAGAUGUUCAUCAAGAGUCCCGGGUGUCACCGAGAAGUGCUUUCUUCGUUCAUGGACGGGGUGGUGGGCGAGACAUGUGCCGACAUAGCCGGAGCGAUCCCGUGUGGGCGAUGUCUUCCCACCAUUGAGGAAGAAAGUGAUGGAGACGAGGCGAGUAGCGGGGAUGGGAAUGGGGAAGAGGAAGGACCGGCAGAGACGAGAAAGGAAGCAAGAGAGGGUGUAUGGAGAAUGUUCAACAAAGUCGAGGGCGAGAAGGUCAAUACGCUGGUACGAUGGCUGGACGAGGUGCAGGACAUGUGCGCCGUAUGUCAUAUCUGGAACUGCAAAGGAACGACGAUCGGCGAGGCAAUACCGUCGCCAGACAGGCACACGCGACCAGGAGAAGUGUGCGAGCCGGUUCGCGGACAGUCGUAUGACAGCAUACGGCAGAAGAUUCGAUUUGCGGAUAACUCGUGUUGUUUCCGUUGCAAGCUGCCGUCAGACUGGUGCGACGAGAUGCGCGAAAGCGCGGGGGAAGGCAAGGACUGCAUGUACACGGAUAAGGUGCUGCCGGUGGCGUUGAUGGCGAUGGGACACGAUGCGAUGAAACGAUGGGUGGUGAACAAGUUCGAGAUUGACCCAGACGACACAAAGGAGUGGUUUAAGUGGCUGGCCGGGCGAGUGCAGUUUCACGGGACAAAGGGGACAAACAUGCAUGUGCUGUGGGAGGCCAUUGUACACAAAACAUAUGGUAAACACAAGCCAAGGUAG